AGACGCCCCUUACCUGGGUCGACAGACAAACCAGUAAUCCUCUGAUACCGACUCUGACAGUUGUUGGUCUUGUUAUUGCUCUUCUGGCUGUUCGAGAUUGGCACAUUACAAAGAUUUUGUAUUUUGUGCCUUUCCAAAUUUGCCUGACAAUAUCGCCAGACGGUCUAACAAACUGACGUUAGCUGCUCCCUCCGGCUAACUUAUUAACCGGUAACAACACUACGGCCAGCUGACGGAACACUGAGCUUGUUAGCCAGCUAGCCCAGCUGUCUCUCCAGUCGAAUUGCCCUUUGUCUUAACGAGCAAGUUAGCUAGCAGACGUUGUUUCUUCUCUGGGUUAGCUGAUACCGGCUUUUGCUAUUUUACUUUUGUCGCCUGACAAGAGGUAAGCAAACCAAGAUAGGCGGCUUGGGAACCAAGAUGUCGAACCGAGUGGUGUGCAGAGAAGCAAGUCACGCCGGGAGCUGGUACUCUGCUUCGGGAUCCCAGCUGAAUGCACAACUAGAUGGCUGGCUGUCCCAAGCACAGUCCACAAUCAGACCUGCUAGAGCCAUCAUAGCGCCGCAUGCUGGCUAUACCUACUGUGGUGCUUGUGCAGCACAUGCCUACAAGCAGGUUGAUCCCUCUGUUACUCGUAGGGUGUUCAUCCUGGGACCUUCACACCAUGUGCCCCUCUCCCGCUGUGCCCUGUCACCUGCAGAGAUCUAUAGAACACCUCUCUAUGACCUGAGAAUCGAUCAGAAGGUUUAUGCUGACCUCUGGAAAACUGGGUUGUUUGAGCGAAUGAGUCUGCAGACAGAUGAAGAUGAGCACAGUAUUGAAAUGCACUUGCCUUACACUGCUAAAGCCAUGGAGAGCCACAAAGACGAGUUUAGCAUCGUCCCUGUGCUUGUGGGUGCCCUGAGUGAGUCAAAGGAGCAGGAAUAUGGGAAGCUGCUCAGCAAGUACCUGGCGGACCCUUCCAACCUUUUCAUUAUCUCAUCCGACUUCUGCCACUGGGGUCAACGGUUCCGCUACACGUACUACGACGAAUCUCAAGGGGAGAUCUACAGGUCUAUUGAGCAUCUUGAUAAAAUGGGGAUGGGCAUUAUAGAACAGCUGGAUCCCAUGUCUUUCACUAACUACUUGAAGAAGUACCGCAAUACCAUCUGUGGGCGUCACCCGAUUGGAGUGCUGCUAAAUGCUGUGGCUGAGCUGAGGAAGUCUGGUUUAGAAAUGAACUUCUCUUUCCUGAACUACGCCCAGUCAAGUGAGUGCAGGAACUGGCAGGACAGCUCCGUGAGUUACGCUGCCGGGGCACUCAUCAUUCAUUGAGGUCGACUUUCGCAGGGGCCACUGCAAUGCCGCCGCCCUGCCCUUACUAUCUAUCGCCAUAACCUGACCCAGACACCCUCCCUCUCACCCCACCCCCAGUUAUGCCCACUAUUUGCAGGAAGGACCUAGACACUCGAAGCCAAUACAGUCUUCUUUCUCUGUCUCUCUCUCAGCUCUCCUCCGCCUUUCUCCAUCCUCCGCUCAGUUUGAAGUGUCUCAGAGCUUUUGGUUGAAACAUUUAGUUUGAAGUGCAGUGUUGAGAUUAUGUCGGAGCAAAUGGUUAGAGGAGAUAAGAGGAGUGCAUAUUAUUUAGGCUUGGAGUAAAUGUUGGGAGGGGGGAAUCUUAUUUGGGUUUUUGCAAGGACUGUAGUUGUCCUCUUAGUCCCUUUUUGUUUUCCUGAGAAAACGAUGGAUUUGAGUUGACAUAAUGCAAACUUUACAUUUGGACUCUUGGCGAUCUGUGCUCAUGUAAUCUGCCUCAGAAAAGGAAUGAAAAUAAAACUGCAGAUCUUAAUGGAGAAUAUUGAAAUGUUGCCAGAAGAAAAUGAAAUGAGUGUUUUGACUGCUUCAAGCUAGAUGCGACUUCAUCUUUAAAAACAGUGUCAUAGGUAAUUACUACCAUUGCUCAACAUAUGUGGUAGCUGCUAACAAAGGGCUGCACCCAACAAAGUUCACUAACCCCCUACUGUACAACACCAAAAAUUUUAUUACUCUGUUUAUUAAAUAUUAUCUUUUAGUCAUAUUUUAUUGCUUUUAAUCCUCCCUUUUUUAGUAGUUUUAUUAGACGUGAUAGUAUUUACUCAAGUAGUGUGUAGAUUUGAACAAAAGCAGUGUUGUCACUUAAGCUCCAAAGCCAUCAACAUGGUUUCCCCAAUAAAUGUGUGUGCAACACCUGCUCCCAGAUUCCUAUUAUAUGCUUGUAGCAUUAUAGAUGUUUUUUGCGAGGGCCAGACUACAGUUGUGGGUGCUACAGAAAUGUAAUCAAAGCUGGAUAUUGUGUAAAUUACUCCAACGCUGACAUCUCUGGUUCUUUGUUUACACUGCCACACUCAAUCUCUGUGGUUAUUGAAUUGUCAGUAUAGGAGACUCGAGCGAAGACUUGCUAGGGUUGUAGAAAACGUAUUUUGUUACACGUUCGGUUCUGUAAGAGCAGCAAAGCUUUUGUUUUGGCCUGAACAAAGUGAUGAAGUGGUAAAGGCCUAGAUGGUCUGCUUAAAUUGUAGGACCUCUUAUUAUAUCCGUUCACUAGGUAGUCAUUUACAACUCUUUUUGUUAAUACGUUUUGAUUUAAGAAUGCCAAAAGUUAUUGGAAAGAUUGAAGUCUUCAUCCUCAUUUAAAGGUUUUCUUUCCUGUUCAGUUGCUCCUGAGUGUAUGAGAAUUCACUUCAAAAUUACUCUUGGGGCAGUAGGAGUAUCCAUUGGACAAGAUUAGCUAAAACAAGUAAUAGAUGGCUCGCACAAAGUCAUAACGCUUUGCUAUAAGGUUUAAGAGUCUACCCAUAAUAGUGACAGAUGUUGCUCCCGCUGUAAUUUGGAUUAUUAGAUCUGAAUCUGUUAAAAAAAACAUCAUUAUACAAUUAGUAACAAAAGAAAAGAUUAGCAAACUGCAUACAAAAGCUGAAUGCAAAAACCUGAUGAUUCAUAAUGGCAGUAUAGGCUUUCAAUGACAAUAUGACAUAGGUAGCACAAAGUCUGCUGUCCUGUCCUGAAUGACUUUUGCUGUUGACGUCAAGUAUAAAGUAUUCCCAUUCAAAUGAUGCAGUUCUCUAACAUUGGUCCAUCCCUCUCGGCACCAUAAGAGGCAUCGCACUUGGCAUUGAGCUACAAUGUCUGGUUGAACCAAGUGGGCACAGACUGAAAGAUGAAUCCCCAGACUCACUUGACCUCUGACGUUAAUUUAAGGGAAACAAGUAAAGCAUGACACACUGUGCUAUUGUGCCUUUUAUCACUGUUGCACAUAUACAUGUAAAGCGUAUUCUCACUUUUAGUCUUAUUUUAGAAUGUGUACUUUCAGUUUUUGUUUUUCCACAUGUACCCUCACUGUUCACCCAGCACUCCAGGAGUGUGUGUAUGUGUUUGUGUGUGUGUGACCUGUCCCCCUCAUCUGUUGAUCUAAAAUGGCACCAACUGUUAAUCUCCUUUCCCCAGCAGGGAGUGGUGUUCUGUUUUCUCCACCUCACCUCAUUCCUGUAGAGACACAAAGGCUGAACCUCAACACUGUUCAUUUUCUGUUUAUGGAUCUUUGUUUGUCUUUUAGAAAUGUUUUUUGUAUUAUUUCUUUCUUGCUUAGAGAAUGGGAACUUACACGUCACAAACCUAAAAUAUACUACUUAACUACUCCCUAAAUGGAGUUUUUUUUAAUCUCAGGUUCCACUGACAAAGCAUCCCAAAAGGCUCUUCAGAUAAGGCCGUGGAUUCAUGUUACAAAACAAGUAAAAUGUACUGAAAAGCUC